GGGCGGGGCUCCGGACCCAGCCCGCGGGUUCUGCGGGACCGACCCAGCCGCUGCCGGGCUGACCGGGAGAAGGAAGAUGGAGAGCAACGCAGUGCUGCUGGAGUCCAAGUCCUCUCCCCUCAACCUGCUGAACGAGAUGCACCAGCUGCGCCUCCUGGGACACCUCUGCGACGUCACCGUCAGCGUGGAGUACCAGGGGGUCAGGGCAGAGUUCGUGGCCCACAAGGCCGUCUUGGCGGCCACCAGCAAGUUCUUCAAGGAGGUUUUCCUCAACGAGAAGGGUGUGGAUGGCCCCAGGACCAAGGUGCUCCUCAACGAGGUCCAGGUGGCCGACUUCGCUUCCUUCCUGGAGUUCGUCUACACAGCCAGGGUGGAGGUGGAAGAGGACAGGGUGCAACGGAUGCUGGAGAUAGCAGAGAAGCUCAAGUGCUUGGACCUCUCGGAAACCUGCUUCCAGCUGAAGAAGCAGAUGCUGGAAUCCGUGCUGCUGGAGCUGCAGAACUUCUCCGAGUCCCAGAGCUCUGAGGAGGAGAGCUCUGCCCGGGCGGGCGCCUUGCUGGACUCCAAAGCUGAGGCUGGGGCAGAAGCUGAGCAGGCAGACUGCCCUCUGGGGCCUCCCACCUCCCCAGGGGACAGCCCCGGGCAGGGAGCAGCUCCUGAGCUGCCAGCUGCCAAACCCAAAGAGAAAAUGGACAAAAAGAAGGAAAUCCUGAAGCCUCCUUUUGCCAAGAUGAGGCGGGCGAGCGGGAGGCUGGCCGGGAGGAAAGUGUUUGUGGAUCCCAAGAAGAAGUACACCAGGAGGCUGAGGGAGCAGCAGAAGGAUGCAGAGGUGGCUGCUGAGGGAAACAGACACCCUCCGGGCAGAAACACAUCAAACCCGAGAGCCAGGAGCAGCCCGGGGAGCAGGAGGGAAAGCUGCAAAAUCCAGGAGGAGGAGGAGGAAGGGGAGGAGGAGGAGGAGGAGGAGAAGAAGAAGCGGGGCAGCAGCUUCAAGUGCAGCACGUGUGAGAAGGAGUUCCUCUACGAGAAGAUCCUGAAGCACAUCAGGCAGAGCCACGGGCUGGCUGCUGAGAUGGUGUACAGGUGUGAGACCUGCAGCCAGACCUUUGCCAACCGCUGCAACCUGAAAAGCCACCAGCGCCACGUCCACAGCUCUGAGAGACACUUCCCCUGUGAGCUCUGUGGUAAGAAGUUCAAGAGGAAGAAGGACGUCAAGAGGCACAUUCUCCAGGUUCAUGAGGGUGGUGGGGAACGUCAUCAGUGCCAGCAGUGUGGAAAGGGGUUGAGCUCCAAAACUGCCUUGAGGCUCCAUGAAAGGACACACACAGGCGACAAGCCUUAUGGGUGCACAGAGUGUGAGGCUAAGUUUUCUCAGCCUUCUGCACUCAAGACACACAUGAGAAUCCAUACUGGUGAGAAGCCCUUUGUCUGUGAUGAGUGUGGGCCAGGUUCACUCAGAAUCACAUGCUCAUCUAUCACAAAACGCUGCCACACAGCAUCCUCAGGUCUGUCCCCAGUGACCAAUCCAGCUGAGUUCCUCACAGAAAACCCAAUUUCCCUGUAA